AAAGACUUUUUAAAGUUUUCUUUGGUUUCUCUGUUUCGGGAAUUUUGCUGCAAGGAGUGCAAGCCAUCGACAAAGACUUUUAUUUUAUAAGUGGUAACGUUUUGUGUAUUUUUUAAAGAGUCAGACGAUAGAUUUAUGUACUACACUGUUGAAUCUGACGUUUGAGAGCCUUGCUGGUGAGGCGAGCUACUUGCCGUUAACUGAUCCCAGUCAGUCUGAGUCAGACUUGGUUCUUCAUCAUGAUGCUCGUUCUCCUGAGCCUGACGCAAUAUGGACGCCGAUCUCCCUAAACCCACCAUCACCUCCCCCAUCAUCUACGCAUCCGAACCGUGGUUUCUCUCACCCACCUUCCUCCUGACCACCACCGCCGUCGCCGCGGGGACCGCGGUGUAUGUGUUCAACAAAUCCGAGCUCUCCGUCAACAUGGUCGUCGCGGACCUCCUGGGUUCCCUCAAAGACAACCCCUACUUCGGGGCCGGCUUCGGACUGGUGGGGGUGGGCGCGGGGCUGGCUGUCCUGCGCAAAGGGAUGCAGUUGGGGACGGUGAUGUUUAAGCGGCACUACACGGUGACGCUGGAGGUGCCCAGCCGCGAUCGCAGUUAUCAGUGGCUGCUGCAGUGGAUCACGGCGCGGGCGGCCCGCAACACGCAGCAUAUCAGUGUGGAGACGACGUACUCGCAGGAGGAGAGCGGGGGCAAGGUGCUGACCAAGUUUGAUUUCCUUCCCGGACCGGGUGUGCAUAUUUUUCGAUACAAAAACAACUGGAUCCGCGUGGAGCGCAACCGGGAACAGCAGGCGAUGGAUUUCUCCAUCGGCGCCCCGAUGGAGACGGUGACGUUGACGUCACUGGGACGGGAUCGGCAGAUCUACCUGGAUAUGCUGGAAGAAGCCCGGAAAUUGGCUCUGGAAAAAACCGAAGGGAAAACUGUGAUCUAUACGGCGAUGGGAUCGGAGUGGCGGCCAUUCGGUUAUCCCCGGCGUCGACGCCCCCUGGAUUCGGUUAUUCUGGACAAGGGGGUGGGAGAACGCAUUCUGAAGGAUGUUACCGAGUUCAUCAAUUAUCCCGCGUGGUACAUUGAUCGGGGAAUACCUUACCGCAGAGGGUAUCUGUUGUAUGGACCCCCCGGUUGCGGCAAGAGCAGCUUCAUAACGGCCCUGGCCGGCCAGCUGGAGUACAGUAUCUGCAUUCUCAACCUGAGUGAACGCGGACUAACCGACGACCGGCUCAAUCAUCUGCUCAAUGUGGCCCCGCAGAACAGCAUCAUUCUUCUCGAGGAUGUCGAUGCGGCCUUUGUUAACCGCGAAGAAAGCCAUCAAGUUGGCGUGGCCUACGACGGAUUGAAUCGGGUGACAUUCAGUGGACUGCUGAACACCAUCGACGGAGUGGCCUCGGCGGAAGCGCGCAUCCUCUUCAUGACCACGAACCACAUCAACAGGUUGGAUCCGGCGCUGAUCCGCCCGGGCCGCGUGGACAUGAAGGAGUACAUUGGGCAUGUGUCGGAGUAUCAGCUGCGCCGGUUAUUCCACCGUUUCUACCCACAGGAAUCCGCCAAACGCGCGGAAGCCUUUGCGCAGUUGGUCCUCAGUCUGGGCGUGCCCAUCAGUGCGGCGCAGAUCCAGGGCUUCUUCCUCAUGUUCAAGAACAACGCCGAGGAGCUCUUCCGUAACGUACAGUUUCUCCUGCCCACGGCGCCGCUGCACGCGCAGCCGGCGGUGGGGCAGGCGCCCUUCCACGGGAAGAUGGAAGAGCGAAACGCCGUGUAAUGUGUGCGAAUGAGUGAAAUCGUAGUAUCCAGUUGUGAUAUAAUUGUUUGCUGUUUUUCGUAUCCAAUUUUUUGCGGGCGAUUUCUGUGUCGGUUUGUUUUGUAUGUAUGAAAGCACAAGAAAAGGAUGA